AUGGUGAAUGAUAAACUAAAAGAUACCAUCCGUCUUGGUGCAAAAAUAACUGUAGAUGAAUCCAUGUUCACCUGGUAUGGAAGAGGUGCGUACUUCAAAGACGGGAUGCCAGCAGUUAUGAAAAUUAAAAGAAAACCAAAAGGAAUUAGUUGUGAAGUAAAACAGCGUGUGAUAGUAAUACAAAAAAAGAAAUGGCAAAGAGAAUUUGGCGCUAGAACUGCAACUACUUUGAGAUUGACAGAGCCGUGGCGUGGUUCUGGAAGAGUUAUAGUUGGAGACUCAUGGUUUGCUUCAGUCAAAACAGCUGUGGAGUUAUUCAAAGUUGGAUUAUAUUUCAUUGGACUGGUAAAGACAGCACACAGUUUCUAUCCCGUGUCGGAUAUGGCUGCAAAGUGUCCGACGCACAAGGGGGGCAUUUGUUAUAAGUACAGCUGA